ACAAGAGCUUUUAAAGGAGAGCUACCGUCUGAUGGAGAUCAGGAAACUUCUCCGGGGCUACGGGAUCCGCAACUUCAACCUCUCUAACAGCACUCAAAUUAUGACGCUGAUUAGAUACAUCCUAAAGCAAGACUUGCCAAUGUCCUUAGAUGACUCGCUGACUUUAGCUGAAGCGUACAAACUUCCCAACUCGCAGAUUAAUUACUUGUUUCUCACUCAGCUGAUCGGCCAAGGCAGGACUGAGGAGUUCAUGACUGUCCUGAAGAAGCUGUCCUGUGCCGAGGCACAGUGUGUGAUCGAGCGCCUCACCACCUGGGCCAGGCUGCAGCUGGAGGACAAAGAACACAUUUCUGAUGAGCACAAGAAGAACCAGAUGGUCGUGGCUCAGGGGAUGGUGGAGGCUCUGAAAUACAUGCAUAUAAUCCAAAAGG